AUGUCAUCAUCAGCUUUGGCUCGGGCAGCUUUCCCCAAGACACUCAAGGAGCUGCGUCUCCACCUCUGUCAGACGGGGCAGGGCAGCGCUGGUGCCAGACAAUUCAUCCAAUCCUCCUACCCAUCCCUCAAGGCGAGCAACCCUUCCUUGCCCAUCCUGGUACGAGAAGCACAGGGAACCCCAGCGAGAGUGUUUGCGAGAUUCGAACGCGGCGUAGAGAAGCAUGCAGAACUGGACGGUCUCAGUGGUGAUGAGGUACUCAAGAGGGUGCAGGAGCUGGUCAAGUAA